AUGCCAAUUCAUUCAAAACAAUCCAUAUCGGAUCGAGUUUCUUCAGAACCAUUUUUUCAAACAACAACACAAUCGGUUCGAACUGAUACAUUAGUCAAUCUUAGUCCAGAGGAGAAAUGGCAAUGUAAUCGUGGACUUCCGAUACGUAUUCGAAUGAAUGAUAAUCUUAAUAAAACAUAUUGUCUUUGUCCACCGAGUUACUAUGCUACAUCAGAUUGGCGCCAAGUAUUUAGUUUUGUUAUAAUUCUAAUUGAUGAUAAUGAAAUUAUUCAAUCACAUGACCAUAUUGAAUAUUUAUCUAUUCGAGAUUGUGAUACGAAAUUUAAUGUUUACUUAUUGUAUUCAACUAGACCAAAAAAUAUAUCAACAAAUUAUUUUAUUCGAAUUCAUGCAUUCAAUAAAUUGUCAUUAAAAUAUCGAGCUAGUUGGAUUUUUCCAGUUGAAUUUUCGUUUCUACCUGUUCAUCGUCUAUCGGUUCUACUCAUAGUACCCGUUUUAGAUGUUGAACCAAUUCAAACGUGUAUAAAACCAUGUAUUCAUGAUCAAUGUUACAAUUAUAUCAAUAAUAAAAAUGACAAAUUCUGUCAAUGUAAAGCAGGGUGGUUAGGUGUUCAAUGUAACAUAGAAUACAAGUGUGAUUGUGCAAAUAAUUCACUUUGUAUUGAUAGAUCCAUUUGUGUUUGUCCUCUUGGUCAAUUCGGUUCUCGAUGUUAUCUGUAUCAAUCUUCAUGUCAAUUGAAACCCUGCAUCAAUAAUGGUCAAUGCGUACCUGGUGAUGAGCGUUAUAUAUCAACACAAAUGAGCGAAUCUAUGUGCAUUUGUUCUGAAGAAUAUUUUGGUAUUCAAUAUGAACAUCGUCAAACUCGUAUUGAUUUUUCAUUUCAUCAUGAAUUAAUGAUUCCAUCAUAA